GAUUGAAAAUAAGCAGACAAAAACAGAGAUAAGAAAAAAGGAUUUAGAGACUGAAAAAAGACGGAAAAAGAGAGUGAGAUAUCAAGAUCCCAAGAGAAGUAGCUGCAUCAAAAAAGAGCUCCUGAAAAUGUCUUCAACUUGGACAUAACAAUUUGACAUUUUGCAAAAAAAAACCAUCAGAGAGAGAGAGAGAGAGAGAGAGAGAGAGAGAGAGAGAGAGAGAGAGAGAGAGGAAAGGAAAGGGGGGAGUUUGUUUAUUAUCUCUACCUGUCGCUGUCCGGUAGGCGGUGUUAACGGGGGUGUGUGUGUGUGUGUGAUGGGUCAGCGGGGGGCGGAGCAUUUCGGACAUGAGUAAAUGACGUCAGCCCCCAGGUCGCCGAGCAGUGAAACAAACAUGGCGACAGAAUGGAGCGGGCAGCAGGGUUACAUUCUCACUGUCAUUAUAUUCCUGUGGAGCGCAGUCGGCGGCCGCACAGAGACGACGGCCGCGGCGUCCGGGGGCGGCGGAGGCGGCAGCCAGGUGCUCGGCAUGCGGCUGGAGAGGAGCGACAAGCCGUCCAGUACCAAUGACGAUGGUGUCAUCCAGGUGACUGAGGAGAGCUCCGUGCAGCUCCGGUUUUACGGGGUGCAGCUCCACUCGGGCGCCUGGACGCAAAUUCGCUUCACGGAGCUAACGGACAGCGGCGAAGGGGGCGAAGGUGAGGAAGAGGAGGCGGUAGCGGCGGCGAGGGGGAGCGGCAGCGGCGUGAUGGAGGCGCAGGAUAGGACUUGUGUUGAUUUCACGAAGGACAUCACCGUCGGGACCUUCAUGAACGUCAGCAGUCGAGGCACGUCGGGGCUACUUACCGUUCACAUUAAGCCGCUCCGCAAGAGCGAGCCGAGGAAGGAGUACGCCCUGUGCACGCGGAGCGCGGACGGGAGCAGGUGGGUGCUGCUGGGGGACAGUGAUGGCAGGCUGCUGGUGCUAGAGGAGAAGAAGUCCCUGCUGCCCAUCUGGCUUCAGGCCAUCCUCAUCGCCUGCCUGCUCGUGCUCUCUGGCAUGUUCAGCGGAUUGAACCUCGGGCUGAUGGCGCUGGACCCCAUGGAGCUGCGCAUCGUCCAGAGCUGCGGCACCGAGAAGGAAAAGAAAUACGCCAGAAAAAUCGAGCCCAUCCGCAGCAAAGGGAACUAUCUUCUCUGUUCUCUGCUGCUAGGCAACGUCCUGGUGAACACCACCCUCACCAUCCUCCUCGACGACCUCACCGGCUCCGGUUUGGGAGCCGUUGUGGCUUCGACCGUUGGGAUCGUGAUCUUCGGGGAGAUCGUCCCCCAGGCGCUCUGCUCCCGCCACGGACUCGCCGUUGGAGCCGACACCAUCAUGGUGACCAAGUUCUUCAUGUUCUUGACAUUCCCGGUGUCCUUCCCCGUCAGCAAGCUGCUGGACUUCAUGCUCGGCGAGGAGAUAGGCAUCGUGUACAACCGGGAGAAGCUGGUGGGGAUGCUGAAGGUGACGGAGCCCUACAACGACCUGGUGAAAGAGGAGCUGAACAUGAUCCAGGGCGCCCUGGAGCUCCGUAACAAAACGGUGGAGGACGUGAUGACGCCCACAGACCACUGCUUCAUGAUCCAGGCGGACGCUGUGCUGGACUUCAACACCAUGUCUGAGAUCAUGGAGAGCGGGUACACGCGCAUACCUGUGUACGACGACGAGAGGUCCAACAUCGUGGACAUCCUGUACGUCAAGGACCUGGCGUUUGUGGACCCCGACGACUGCACCACCCUGAAGACCAUCACCAAGUUCUACAACCACCCGGUGCACUUCGUGUUUCACGACACAAAGCUGGACGCCAUGCUGGAGGAGUUCAAGAAAGGUAAAUCCCACCUGGCCAUCGUCCAGAAAGUGAACAACGAGGGGGAGGGCGAUCCUUUCUACGAGGUGCUGGGAUUGGUCACGCUUGAGGACGUCAUCGAGGAGAUCAUCAAGUCAGAGAUCCUGGACGAGUCCGACCUUUACACUGACAACAGAAACAGGAAAAAGGUGGACCCCAAUAAAAACAAGCCCGACUUCUCGGCCUUCAAGAACAACGCCGACAGUAAAGUGAAGAUCUCUCCUCAGCUCAUGCUGGCGGCUCAUCGUUUCCUGGCUACAGAGGUCAACCUGUUCAGCCCGUUCCAGGUCACAGAGAAAGUCCUGCUGAGGAUCCUCCGACACCCCGACGUCAUCCAGGAACUCAAGUUCAACGAGAACGACAAACGCUCACCGCAGCACUUCAUCUACCAGAGAGGCAAACCUGUCGACUAUUUCGUCCUCAUUCUGCAGGGGCGAGUGGAAGUGGAAGCUGGAAACGAAAACAUGAAGUUUGAAACCGGCCCGUUCUCUUACUACGGAGUCAUGGCUCUGAGCUCACCAUCACUGGCCGUCACCCCCCCUCUCUCCCCAUCGGUGGCGUCUCCCCCUCCACGACGCCUUUCUCUUAAGAGGUUUUCUCUGUUCUCUCGUUUCCCAGAGUUUCGUUCUCCCUCACACGGGGCCAACCUCAACCGCUCGGCGUCUCUGAGCUGCGCAGAGCGCCCUCCAGAAAGCGGCUCCGUCGGCGGGAGCAUCACUCAGAUCCCCGGCACCCCCUUCCAGUACAUACCAGACUUCUGCGUGCGAGCUCUCACAGACCUGCAGUUCGUCAAGAUCACGCGUGCUCAGUACCAGAACGGUCUCCUGGCGUCCAGGCUGGACAGCACGCCGCAGUCUCCAGAGGGCAGUCACACUCGCCUGGACAUGUCCGUCUCUUUGCCCCCCGUGACGCCGCCGGGAACCCGCGGUCCACUGCCGCUGGCCACGCCUCCUGCACAGCGCCCGCAGUCCAACGCUCAGCCUCCACCCAGCAGCCGCGCCGCUCUGCCCCACGCCACGGCGCCUCCGUGCAACCACACCCCCGUCUCCCAACCUUCUCCGUCCUCCGUGAGCGCGGCGACGUGCACUUUUAACCCCCACCCAACUCUGCCCUCCUCCCUGUCCUCCAAGUCCCAGCAGCCGCCGGAGAACGGGCCGGGAGAGACCACCACUCUGCUCAGUGAGCAGCAGAACUGUCCGGGCCUCCGCAGGCCCAGCUACAGCCUGGCCCACCCCCACCCACACGUCCACACCAUCAGUCACGGGCACACUGAAAGCACCAUCUAACUGAAGUCUCUGCGGGGGAACUAAACUACCUGUGCACUCACUCACUCAUACUACACACACUCACACUACUACUGUUUGCUCGUUGAAGCUUUCUGUAGGGACGCUGAGGAUCAGCACUUGAUGUGUAUUUUGUAAACAGAGAUCCUCCUUUAUCCCGUCCUGCAUGUUCCCCUCCAAACA